AUGUCUGACGUCGAAGAUCAGCUUCAGGACUUGAACCUGAAAGGUAUGUUAUAAUAGUUUACGUUGAUUGCAUUUUUAGAUAAGAAGCUAACUAGGAAGGAGUUGAAGAAGCUUCAAAAACAAAAGGAAUAUGAAAAUGAGUUGAAGGCAAUGGGAUCAAAGGCUUUCGAGAAGGAGGUGGCUUCUGGUGAGGAAUUUGCUGGUAAGUAGUUCAUCAUAAUGCUUUAUUUUACAUUAUUUUUUAGAAGGUGGGGGUAUUGGAGCUGGUGUUGAGCUAGGAGAUCAGUUCACAGUCUCUCAGCAAGACAAAACUGAUGCCCAGAACGCAUUGUUGGAGAAUGCAGUUGAUAUUAAGGUGGAGAAGUUUGAUAUUGCUGCUAGUGGACGGCAGCUAUUUUCAAAUGCCGAACUGACAAUAGCUUUUGGUAGAAGAUACGGUCUUGUUGGUCCUAAUGGAAUGGGUAAAACAACAUUGCUAAAACACAUUGCUUCAAGAAAGCUGAACAUUCCUCCAAACAUUGAUAUUUUGUAUUGUGAACAAGGUAAGAAGAGUUUAUAUUUCUUUUAUCAUAUUUUUUGAAUUUUAAUUGCAAUUAAAGUUAUAUUGCCUUUAGAAAUUGCUGUGGACGAAACUUCUGCUAUCGAGACGGUGAUAAAGUCAGAUAAAGUGAGACUGAAGUUGCUAGAAGAGGAAGAAGACUUGACCAAGAAGUUAGAAAACGGUGAAGAAGUUAACGAAAGGCUACAAGAAGUGCACGAUGAACUGAGGAAUAUUGGUGCUUACUCAGUAGAAGCAAAAGCUCGUCGCAUCUUGGCUGGUUUAGGUUUUAGCAAGGAAAUGCAGGAAAAACGGGUCUGUGACUUUUCUGGAGGAUGGAGAAUGAGAAUCUCGUUGGCGAGAGCUUUGUUCUUGGAGCCGACUUUGUUGUUACUUGAUGAACCUACCAACCACUUGGAUCUGAAUGCUGUUAUUUGGCUUGACAAGUAGGUUGGAUUUUCUAUUGUGGCAGUAAAUUAUUUAUAAACUGAUAUUGUUUCAUAAAUUUGAUUAUUUUAGUUAUCUGCAAAACUGGAAAAAGACUUUGCUCGUAGUAUCUCACGACCAGUCGUUCUUGGAUAAUAUUUGUACUGACAUUGUUCACUUGGAUGACCAAAAGUUGUACUACUACAAGGGAAACUAUAGUAAGUAUAUUAAUUCUUGUUUAUUUAAACUUUGAUGCAUGUUACUAUAAUGUCGUCUUUUAGCUAAAUUCAAGGCCAUGUACGAACAGAAGCUGCGAGAACACAACAAAGCUUUUGAUCAACAACAGAAGCAACUUACUGCUUUGAAAAAGGGUGGGAAGAGUGGGAAACAAGCUGUAGAAGAAGUGAAAGGGAAGAUGAAGAACAAGCAGGGCAAAAAAGGAAAGAAAGGGCAACAUGACGAUGAUGGUAAGACUGUUUUAUGUAGAUUUUACUUUUUUCAGACGAUGAAUUAACUCCCGAUUUGCUUAAAAAGGCAAAGGAGUACAGUGUCAAGUUUGUCUUUCCACCAACAACUCCAUUACAGCCACCUUUGUUGGGGUUAUACAGUAAGUCAACGUUUUUAAUAGUAAUUUCAAUAAUUUAUAAAUGCUUUGACAUUUUGAUUUAAGACGCUUAUUUAUAUAAUCUUUCAGAUGUCACCUUUGGUUUCGGCGAUUCAGUUUUGUUUAAAAACGUCGACUUCAGUGUGGACAUGACCUCUCGUAUAACCAUUGUGGGUCCAAACGGAGUGGGAAAAUCUACUUUGAUGAAAUUGUUAUAUGGUAGACUACAACCGGUAAGUCACACAACUAAAUUACAAUAAUUUUGUCUUCAGAACGAAGGAGAAUGUCGACGACACCGACAGUUAAAAGUAGGAUGGUUCGAUCAGCAUUCCAAUGAAGCUUUAAAUGGAGAAGCGUCUCCUAUUGAGUACUUGUCAUCUAAAUUCCAAAUUGACUAUCAAGUAAGGAUACUACUUUUUUUAUUUAUUGGUAGUCAUUUUAUAAAUAUAUUUUAGGUCAUUUUUAUUCUAAAAUAUAUAUAUUUACUACUUCUUUUUAAGGAAGCUAGGAAAAACCUUGGCCGGUGUGGACUGGCUGGACAUGCCCAUACUGUCAAGAUCAAGGACUUGUCCGGAGGACAGAAGUCUCGAGUUGCGUUAGCUGAGCUGGCUUUAGGAGAACCAGAUAUACUGUUACUUGAUGAACCCACAAACAACCUCGAUAUUGAGAGUAUCCAAGCUUUGGCCGAAGCCAUUGAAGAGUACGAUGGAGGCGUUUGUAUGGUUACUCACGACGAACGGCUAAUCAGGGCGACGGAUUGUCGUCUGUUUAUUGUAGAAAAUCAAGAUAUUGCUGAAAUUGACGGUGACUUCGACGACUACAGGAAAGAAGUCUUGGACCAGAUCGAAAAACAAGUCCAAGAAGUCGAGAAGCCUUAA